GCUCAGCAUUCCCCAUAGCACUGACAUGACAAUACAUUUGUAAUACCGACUGCAAGGAAGAUACUCGCAGGAACUUGUCAACAUACCUAUGCAGAUUGGCGAUUUAUUUUUAUUAUUUCAUUUAGUCAUCUUUCGAUUUUGUGUUUGCUGAAUUCGUGUAAUGGAUAAUUGAUUGUGAUUAUUGUUGUUUUUUUUAUUCGGUGCCAUUCCCCAUAGCUGCCACAUAUCAUUUUUGCAAAUUUCGCCAUUGUGCAAUUCGUUCGAUGUAACAUAUUUAGUUGGACUUGUGUACUUCCAGUGAUAUAGCUUACGGUCAAAGUUGUUUAUCAAGUGAUAAGAAAUACUUUUCACAAUUAUUUUGUGAUACGAGAGCUGUGGCAUCUGUCAGAGUGCAGCGGUGCAAAAAGAGCAACUUUUGCAGGCAAAAAUACCUUGAAAGAGGUUCGAGAAUCAUCCGCAUAUCAUGUCCAAACCGACGGUGCUAAUUUUGGGAGGUUGCGGCUUCAUUGGUCGACAUUUGGUGGACUACAUUGUCACGAAUGACUUGGCCGAAAAAAUCAAGAUAGCUGACAAGACUCCACCGCAAAUGGCUUGGCUCAAUGCACGACAUAUGACGGCCUUUGCGAAUGAGCGGGUGGAAUUUUGUAGCGCAAAUCUGAUAAACGUCGCAUCGUGCCAGAAUGCAUUUAAAACCGACCAUCCCUCGGGCGGAUGGGACUACGUGAUCAAUUGUGCUGCAGAGACCAAACCGGGUCAAACGGAUCCAGUGUACCAGGAAGGCAUCGUGAAGCUGACGGCCAAUGUGGCCAACGAAUCGGCCAAGCAGCGCGUGAAACGGUUUGUGGAGUUGGGCACCGGAAGUAUGUUCUCCAAUGAUCGGCAUCCUCAGUCAGAGGAUUGCCCGGUCGAACCGUGGACAAUGGUUGGCAAGUAUAAGGCUCAAAUCGAGCAGGAGCUUAAAAAAAUUGAUGGCCUUCGGUUCACCAUUCUGAGAUUGCCCAUUUGCUAUGGAGUUGGCGACAAAAAGGGACUUACUCCACGAAUAAUCAUUGCUGGAAUAUAUAGGUAUCUACAGGAAACUAUGAAAUUAUUGUGGACCGGUUCCAUGAAAAUGAAUGUGGUGCAUGUGGAAGACGUUUGCUGCGCACUAUGGGAAUUGAUGCAGAAUGAAAAAACCGUUGGUGAAACCAUUAACGUGUGUGACGACAGUGAUGCAACGCAGGAAACGAUCACCAACUUGUUGGCGGAUAUAUUUGGCAUCGAGGUGGAUUACUGGGGCGUGGUGAUGUCCAAUAUGACUAAGAUGGAUAUGGCUGGAGCUAUCGAGGAGGUUAACGACAAACACUUGGGUCCUUGGGCUGAAAUUUGUCAGGCGGAUGAGAUUAUGAACACUCCGCUUACGCCGUACAUGGAUCAGGAGCUGCUGCUCCAUAAACAUCUUUAUCUGGAUAACAGUAAGAUGAAGAAGUUCGGUUAUCAGUUGCGACGUCCUAGGAUUAUUCGCGAGUAUCUUGAGGAAAUCAUCCGUGAUUUCAUUGCCAUGAAGCAUUUCCCUCCAUCAUUGGUUCCUGCUUAAUUAUUGUGAUUAUAACUAGGUAAUUCCUUAGAAAUACUUAAUUGCUCAACAUCAAGUCAAACUUUGUGGGAACAAUAAAAACUAUUUUACUCGUUCGAAUGUGAUCUCUAAAAUUCAAAUUGACGAAUAUGGUAUCUUCUUGAAAAAUUCUACAUCUUAUACUUACUUAAAAGAAUGAUCAAUGAAAACUGAGCAACGAGAACUAGGUAAGUUUACUAUCAAAUAUACUUGUAUACAAUAUAUCACGUGUUCGUACACGCUUUAGGUAGAGUCAAAAAUUAUAAAAAAAUGAAAACGAAGUAUUUUUCCUUCCUUUUACUACCAUUUGGCAAAUAACUUAUCGUGAAAACGCUAGUGAUGAUCCGUAUUCCUUAUAAAGUAGAUAAUUUAAAAGUUAAAUAAAAAAUAAAAUAAACUUUGAAAGUGUAGACAAUGUGCCUGACAUAGAAAAUGAAAAUAAUUUAUCAGUGAUUUGUUGGAAUUGAAUAAAUUUAAGUAUGAUCAAA